AUGGUCAAAGUGCUCCACGAGCGAGUAGAGACGAGUGGGAAGCUUUGCGGCAUCCCCUCGUGCGCCGUGCGCUGUCUUGCCCUUCAUAAAGUACCCAUCUCCCUCACCCAAAACAGCACCGGAAGGAAGGUAUCAUUGCUCAACGACGACUCGCACACUGCUGCCGUGCUGCCCCGUCUGCCGCCGCUGAGCGUCUACUACCGGCCCACGCACUCGCCCUCGCCAAGUUUGGCUUCGUCGACGCCCAGCGUUUCCCCACAAACUCCCCGAUUGGUCCGAAGCGAGUCGUCGGACUCUCGCGGCCUUCCACCUUCACCUCUCACACCACCCCCAACAUCCUUCGACCACCUGCACCACUCAAAGUCGGCCCACUCUAACUAUUUUAUCGGACCCGCUUCGUUCGCUAAAAUGGACGACACGACGUCGUCCGUCUACCCUCCGGUCCCGGACGCGCAGGCUGUGGCGCCUUACCCAAUGUCCGCCUCGCAGGUCGCAUCAUCAACCGCGCCAGCCAUGUCGCAACCCAUGGCGCCGUCUUAUCGCAACUCCAACUCUCCUGUCUCAGAGUCAUCACGCGCCGCCCCUGCUGCCAACAAGGCUUCGACCAAGAAGAACCAGUACCCCUGCCCGUUGGCCAAGGUCUACAACUGCAGCGACUUCUUCACCACAUCUGGACACGCUGCUCGUCACGCCAAGAAGCACACUGGCAAGAAGGAUGCCUUCUGUCCCGAGUGCAACAAGGCUUUCACUCGCAAAGACAACAUGGAGCAACACCGUCGCACCCACCAAAACGUGCGUGGUCCCUCCAAGUCGUCAACGGAUGGCCGCGUCAAGAAGUCCACCAAGCCUGCACCGCGCAAGUCUGUCAGCGGCCCCUUGGAAGCUGCUGCUGUUGCCCAACUGGAAGACCACCAAUCGCAACACCAACAACUACCUCAACACCAACAUCAGUUCCCGUCACAAGUCAUCAUGUCGACUAGCCCUUACUACAUCAACCCAGACCCCAUCCAGCCUCUUCCUCAACCAAUCUUGUCCGACUUCAACACAAGACCUCCCUACCACCGCUCCAACUACCCAAGCUCCCUUGACUACCUCCCUGCUCAAGCCAGCUUGGUGCACGACCCCGACCUUCAGUACAGCUACCCCUCACCGGGUCUUUCCAAUGGUCUUGACACUCUCGCCUUGGCCGCUAGUGAUCAUCGCCGCAUGUCUGGUGAAGACUCUUGUUAG